AUGGCAGAGACAAGCAUUGGUGGUGGUGUAGUCUCUGGUUUGAUAGCUAGUGAUGUUCAACAGAUAAUGGAUGCGGUGGCUAAUAAAUUGAAAGGAGAAAUUAUAAGAGUAGAGGCGAAGGUGAAUGAUACUUUUGUGAAGAUGGAUGAGCUCAAAACUGCAUUCUCAUUAUUGAAGACGGACAUUACACUUGAGGUCACUCAACAGAUUCUGAAAAUGAAAACUGAAGUCCUUGAUGGUAUCAUUGCGUUUACGGACAAAACAACUACCAAUCUUCAGAGGCAUAAUACAUUUGGAGAGAGGAGCAAUGUUAAUGAUGCCAAUAGGAAACAGGCGCAAUCUGCUAUCUCACCAGGGUAUGAGCAUCCGGACAAGGCUGAUGCCAAUGGUAAUGGGAAUGGUCCCAAUGAUGGUAAUUGUUCCGAGGUAGGUGACAAUACCAUUCUUCACCAUCGCAUAUCUGAUGAGCCUUUUGAAAAUGGUAAAUCUGUUGAUGAAGAAGAGAAUGAUGGAUUAGGCAACACAGAAAAUCAGAAUGAGUCUAUUCAGCCGAAUUUAGUGUUUCCCCCAUCAUUUUCUCUUGGACUUACGCAAGAAGAGAAUGCUAAAUCUCUGGAGGGUGCUGGUUCUGUUGAGGAUAUAAAUAAAAGCGACGAUAUUGUUUUAGCACAAUUUUGUCGUAAAAGCAAGAGACAGCAAACUAUCCCUGCUAUUCUUGUUGAGAACUACCAAUGUGACAAAAGGUUUCUGCAAAGGACAAGGGAAUCUCAUUUGAUGGGGUUCGGAGAGAGUCAAAGGGAUGAUUAUUCUGUGAAGUUUGGGAAGCUAGUUGAGAAACUGAAAAAGGCCUCGCAUGAGAAUGAUCAGUUAUGGAUGGCUACAAGGAUCUAUAGCCGCACUCUAUCCAUUUGUGGGUUAACAGUAUAUAUUAAAGAUUUUUUUGAAGUUACUGGAAGAACGAGCUCUAUGCAACCUAAGGUGGUUGAUAUGCUUGUUCAUCACAGCAGAUCUUUGUUGAGUAAACCAGGAUUCCAGCUGUCCAAAAAGAUUGAUUUCUUUGACACAAAAGCUAUUUCGAAGGAGCUGAGUGCCAUAGCACAGUUGUUCCCGACGUUACUUAAACAGGUUGGUUGUAACCAGGUGCAUAAAGACCUUAAAUCUUUCAAUGUGGAGAGACCUAGAAGUGUUCCCCAUAAUGGAAACCAUUUUGACUCUUGUGUAACUGCUAUCUUAUUGAUGCAAGCCCAUGCUAUUGGUGGUUUGGAAGUACAGCUGAGGUUCUUCCUUCUGAGGCNGAGAAACUUGCAGUGA